UAAUGACCAUCACCAAAGCUGUGUGAUGAGCUGUACUGUACUGCAAGUAAACCACCUCAUCUAAGAUGGUAACCUCAUCAAUGAGAAUAAAUGAGAGACUCAGAGACAAGAGACUGGCCAUUUUCCAUACAUGGUAAACAUGGUAACAAACCCACCACUCGGACUGAGUGAAGAUCUUCAACUCACUCGCCCAUCUCAUUCCAUUCAUCAACAACGAUGAUCGGAAAAGACGGAUGGUCAAAUUCCAUCCACAUGAGCGAAGUCUCCAAUUUAUUAGAGACAAUCUUGUAUUCAAGGCCAUAGACUAGAUAGAAACAUCUCACGCUACUGAUAGUCUGAUACCCAACGUCAGACUAACACUCGGAAAUGCCACAUCCCGAGAGCGGCUCUUUGAACAAGUCUGUCUCAGGACAACACAGACCAACGAUGUUCAGGCCUUCUCUCAAAGACGGAACAGAAAUGUAAUCGUCCACUCAAAGAUCAACAACAUUGAGCCAGUUGUCAAAAGGAAUGUUGUCCCGUACGGCUUUCGUCUUGGCUCUGCCUCUGUACCACCACUACCACCCUCUUUUCUCUCUAUAUCUCACAUAUUAUCUGCAUAAGAAACGGCUACGGUAAAGACUGCAAGAAACCCCAUCUCUGAUUCGCUUCGGGUAUUUUAUGUCUCGCGUGUUUAGCACGAGUCUCGCCGAAUCUGUCCAUCACCGAUCAAGUUUCCAGUGCCGUUUCCUUUCAUGGAGGGGACACUUUUCUGAUACACUACUGAUACCACUCACUUAUAACUCAACACACCCUCGGUAUAGACUAGCCUUCCAUCUUGAAACCGUACUCAGGGAGGCAUCCAUUUUGAUAUCUAUCUAUCUACCAAAGAGUCUCUUUUAUUCUUAUCUUUAUUUCCCUUCUUGAACCCUCUUACACCCACCCUCACACUCAGUAUGGAGAACGUAUCAAGUCUUGCUGCCUCACCUGUUGGUGUAGAUUAUCAGCUCCCCCAGUUCGUCAGUGAGGGUCAUUGCACUGGAUACUACAUCACCAUCACUAUCUUCCUUAUUGCAAUCUGGUUCUUUCUUCCCAAGAAGCAGACAUCUCAUCUUGAGAUACCCUUCUAUAAGGCCUCAAAGACCAAAUGGAUAUUCGACGCCGAAACAUUAAUCAAAGACAGCUACACAAAGUUUCGAGAUCGAGUUUACCAGAUCAAGGCUACUGAGGGAGUACAAGUCAUAGUACCCGCCCGUCUCGUUGGUGAACUCAAGGGACUGCCAGAAGAUAUCCUCAGUGCAACAGAAGCCGUGUCGGAUGCACUUCAAAGCAAGUACACAAAAUUCUCUCCAGGCCACAACGGUGAACUACUGGCGCUAUUGGUCAGAACAAAACUCACACAGAACCUCACUCGAGUGGUACCUCUUCUCAAAAAGGAACUGGAGCAUCUAUUAGCCACUGAGUUCCCGGUCUGCGAAGACUGGACACCGGUGAAAUGGCAACCCUUCAGUCUUCGUGCCGUGGCCCGUCUGAGUGGCAGAGCCUUCGUUGGACCAUCCAUCAACCGAGAUGAGAAGUGGAUGGACACUUCGAUCAACUUUGCCGUUCAUGUCUUUACAGCAUGCGUCAAGCUCCAGUUCAUCCCUGAGUGGGCUCGACCUGUGGGCCAGCAUCUUGUCUCAGAGCUUCGCCAGAUCCGCAAGGAUAUCAAGAUUGCCAAGGAAAUGCUAAAACCAAUCCUUGAAGAGCGACUCCGAGAUAUGGAGUUUUCCAACGGAGGAAAUGCACCAGACGACAUGAUCCAAUGGCUUAUUGAAGCACUUCCAGAGGAGGAAAAGGCCGAUCUCACAACCCAGGCAGAACUGCAGUUGAUUAUUGCAGCGGCUUCAAUCCACACAACCAAUAACCUGCUCUGCGAAUGCCUUUGCGACCUAGCCGCAUACCCCGAAGUACAGGAAGAACUUCGAGAAGAGGCGUAUCGCGUUCUGGAAGUGGACAAUGGAUGGGAGAACAAGGAGAGCAUGGCCAAGCUGAAGAAGCUGGACAGUUUCAUGAGGGAGGUCCAGCGUCUCAGUGGAAACAUUACAUCAUUCAUUCGCAAGGUCAUGAAGCCCAUCUCCCUUUCCGAUGGCACCGAACUGCCGGUAGGCACCAAAGUCCUCGCUCCUCAAGCCGGCAUCGCUCUCGACGAGCGCUAUUUCCCCGACCCCGAACGCUUCGAUGCCUUCCGCUUCUACAAGCUUCGACAAGAAUCAGCAGAAGCCAGUAACCGAUGGCAAUUCACAUCCCUCAACGACACAUAUAUCAAUUUCGGCGCAGGCAAGCAUGCGUGCCCGGGCCGUUUCUUUGCCAGCAAUGAGAUCAAGCUUGUGCUGGCACAUCUACUCAUCAACUAUGAUAUCCGCUUGAAAGCGGGCGAAGAUAGACCAAAGGCCAUGUCGGUGGUCAUGGCUAAGGCUCCUUCUCCAGAUACCGAACUGGAGUUUCGACGAAGAUCGUGGGCAGCUUGAAGGAAGGGAGUAUGAUCAUGAACUAUUUGAUACCCAGUACAUUUAAAUUAGCUUGUACAUAGAACAUAGAUGUAGCAUUGUAGAUGCGUAGUAGGAAAGACACGCACAAGAUUGACUAGCUCCGAGAACAAAAUUUUAGUUUAAA